GAUUCCAUGGAGUGAUUCGGUCAAAUAUACAAAUGUCGUUGUUUAUAAACAUAACAGUGUUUUAUUUAUUUUCUAUGAGCGUGUUUAAUUAGUGCUCAUAGAAUGGACAAAGCUAGCAAAGCGAUCAGGAGGGGUAGUGUACGUUUGAAAGCUAUUGGUUCAGGCCAUCGUGAACUGAACAUGGUGAUCUCAGAGUUGAAAGGUGCCAGGUGUGCUGCAAAAGUUUUUGCAAGUGCCCAACACACUGCAAUGCAAGAGUUGAUCAGAUGGGCUGUGUCGGAGAAGAAUCAAUCACUGCGGAAUACUUUUGUGCUCUUGUCUGAGCUGGCUGAUUUGUGGAGUCAAGUGCAAAAGGAAUUUACUGAUAAUCUGAAGGACUUCAUUUACCAGUUUGAAAUGGUGCUGGAAGGAGAGUAUAAAAUUGAUGAAACAAGGAACUAUGUGACAUCAUGUGAGCAGAAAGAGAUGAAAAUUAAAAAAGAACUCAAAAAAUUAUCAUCCAAAAGUCCAAACGACAGUAUUAAUAAAUUAGAAACUAAGCUGAAAGAUGCACAGCAAAGUAAAGAUGUGGCUCAACUUGAAAUGAUAGAGCAAGUAAAAGAAAAUGAAGCUGUGAAAAUGAUUCGAGUAAAGAGUGGUUUACUAAAAGUUUCUGAUGCAUAUUUACAAAUGGCCCGCAAAUGCUUCGUGAUUCAUGAAGCAUAUUAUGAUGUGGCAUCUCAGGUUCCUGAUGUGGAUGACAAAGACAUCUAUAAAGUAAAGCACACUGGUUUCAGGGAAGCAAGUGCAGCUGUAAAUAGAGCUAAGGAAAAGAUUAAUAUUCGUCCUUGUCGUCCACACUCAAGUAUUUCUCCAUCACUCCCAAGGACUCCGCCUCCUCCCUACUCUCCUCCUGCACAAUCUUCAUCUUGUCCGCAGCCCCCAUAUAAUCCAGAUUUCAGCCGGCUUUCAUCCAUGGCGGCGAACAGUAGUCCCGAUGAUUAUCUCUCUCCUGUUAGCAGGUUUUCGUCCUCAGUUCACGUGGCUCCUAGUAGACAACAUAACAGCAGUUCCUCAAGUUAAGAAAAUCUUUCAUCUACCAUGAACAUGGAAAAGAUAUAACAUGUAUUGAAUUUAAAUCAUUUAUCCAGGAGACUAAGAAAACCUUACUGUAGUGAGAAUUAUGUUACUGCAGCUUCUCUAGCUGGGCAUUAGAUUGUUUUAUAUGUGAUACUUCUAAAGAUAUGUUGAUGAAGUGUGUGUACUGAAUCAUGAAAGUUCUGAAGAUUGUCAUUUACUUUCUUCAAGGCACAAAAAUGAUUUUGAUAGCAAUUUGUUGGUUACCUACUGAUUAUCUUGCUUAGUUAAAUUUUUUAUGUGAUGCUUAGCAAAAGUACAUUACGUACUUUGAAAAUAGGCUAGUACAAAACUACUUAAUUUAUUUAUAAAAUGGUUUUCUUCUUGAGGCACAACUGAAUUGAGGCACAAUUGAUUUGCAAUUGUAAUAGUUCAAGGAAAAUUCAAAAAAUUGUAUCCCUUGGUGUAGCUGUUAAUUUCUUUUUAAGAAGUCGUAGGUUUACUGUUUAACACUAAGUCCACCAAGCAAUUAGGGUUUAUUUGGAUUCUUUGAUAAAAUGAUGUAGAAUGUAGUACAACUUGGACUUGCAUAGCACAAAUAUGUGUUCUGUAAAACCAUUAUGCGAAUCUAUGUUACAUGAGUCUAGUUAGUCCUAUAUACAAUGUUAUUUAAUGUUGACCUGCAAUUUUUCUGCCUUCAUUACAUAGGGACCUACAUGGCAUGUCACCACUCAGCAAGCUGUCAUUAGUGUAAUUUAGUGUAAUUUAGUGUAAUGAAGAGCCCAGUGAACAUUGCUUGCCAGGACUCUUUAUAUUUUCUUUAUUUAUAAGUAUUAGUUUUGUAAGAUUUUAUGUAUUUAAUCCUAGUAUGGUCUCAAGGUAAUGAGGGCAGCAAAGUUGCUAGUCAAAUCCCCCCUGCAAACCAUUAUAAAAAAGUACAUUAUUACAAUAGUUGCCACACACAACAUACCCUUACCUCACUAUACUUUUCAGAGGAUCUUAACAUCAUGACCCCCAAAUCAUUUUUAGCGUGACCCAAUGGUCCCUGGGAAAUUGGGUCAUAUAUCAGUGAGGUCCUCCAAUUGUAGAAGCAGGAUUGCCCCCUGGUUUUCGACUUUCUCACCCUCACCCAGCUCCACUGAUAAAACUCGUAUCAUGGUACUCUUGCUGUGAUGGCCCUGAGGCGUGAGGGACAUUAGGUCCAUAGUUCCCUCCUGCUGUAGAGGCAAAGCUCAGAACUGGCCUAUGUAGUAGUCUGUAAGUCUAAUUGGCAGACGCCUUUUAUAUUGGGACCUGACCUGUUCAGGGCACUAGAAAUCAUCCUGUUCAUCAUUGAUGUUAAAGGAAGGGAGUACCGGGACCUGGGUCUGAAGUAUCAUUAUCUCGCCAAGUGGAACAGUAGUGCGCUGGACUCAUCGUCGAUGCUGAACUCAUCCUCAUUUUCCUUACAAGACUGUUCAUCAGAUUCCUCCACUGUCACAUUGAAUGAUGAUUUAGUCAGUGAGAUAUCCAAGGGCCACCUGAAUUUGUACAAAAUCAAGAUUUGUUGAGUGUGUCUCUGGAAACGGUAUACGGUGUCUAAGCUGUACUCGGGUUCUUCAGCCAUCCCAAUACUCAAUCUGUCGGAUAAUAAAGUACCUGUGUGGGUCUGUAGGUAUCUCCAAGUGCUCCAAACUAUGCCCAGCACUGUUCCUUGUAGUUUGCCUUAUCUGGUGCCCCUCGCUUGUCAAUGAGGGUGUAGGUGGCCUUAGGUGAUAUAUCGGGUUUGAGGCCUCUGUGUCUGUUGAAGGGUACGUCCUGUUCCUCAGUGCUGCGGAUAAAGGCACUCGAAGUGGGGUUUUCUCUGUAUGCUUCCCAUCCUCUUCUCACCCAUCUGAGAUCAUCUCUAUGAAUAUUUGCCACCUUUCCCAGAUGUGUUUUUACAAGGAAGGAUUUUGGCCUCAUUUUUUUCACUAUGGUUCAAGGCCCUGCCCAUUUUGGGGCUAGGCUUGCACAGAAGUCGCAUGCCCCUGCAGACUGUGGGUGUGGUGACCUCAAGGUGUGAUGACCUCAAGCCGUGGUGAGGGGCGUUUCGUCUUGGAGCUGGUAUUAGUUAUGUAUUCCACCUGUCAUUUCCACACCAUCGUCCUCAUUUCCUGCAACCGUUGGGGAAAUAAAUACUAGGGUAAUUUUCUCCUGGUCCUCUGCUGGAUUAUCAUUUUCCUAAGCAAGCCAACCUGGCCAAGUCAAAUUGUAUCGCAAAGGAGUUCCAUCAGGAAAUAUACCGAGGCAUUGUUUGUUUGCCGAUGGAUGCAAUACAGAUGUAAUGGAAUGUGAAUGUCCCAUUUGGUGUGGUCCUGUUCCACUUUCAGCAUCACUUGGACUUUGAUGUCCUGGUUGUGGUGUGCAGUAGAGUUUGUACACCCAUCACUUAAGUCACUCUGAGUGCCAAUGCCUACCAAUGAGGUGCGUUUUCGUAGAGCAGGAACCUCCGAUACCCAAACCACAAGAACACCUUUGACUCCAGCAGGUUGGCCAUUGUCCAUGCUUGAAUGUUAGAUACGUGAAGACCUCUACCAAGUGAGCAAAAUGUAUGUUAACACAACCAGGAAUUGCUUGCCAUGAGAAAAUUUUGGAUAUGGGCUCAUGACGUCGAAAGCCACAGUGUGGAAUGGCUGUUCUGAAUGUCUGGAGCGCUGCUGUUCAUUACCGUCCAACCAGUGCACCUUCCUUUGUUGACAACUUGUGCGAUUUCUGACGAAACAACUGAUUUCGUAUGCCAUACCAGGCCAUUGAAAUACCUGACUAACUUCCUUGAAAGUUCACUUUCCCCCCCAGAUAACCAGCCAGGUUAGAUGAGUGAAAGUACUCCCAACAUAUCCUGAUGCAUUGAAGGGGCAACAUGAGGACGCCAGUCUGGACUACUCCCCGACCACCAAAUUUGUAAUGUUCCAUCCAGUGUCUGGUAUCCUGGCACUUCUUGUUAGCUGCACUGGUCACGCUUGGCCUUGGAGAUUGGAUCUGUGAUCUUUGUGACAUGGACAGCUGCCAUCAACGUAUCACAGCCUCAGUGUUACCAGAAAGAGCCUCUGCCGACAUGGUUUUUGUGGCAUGCAAAAUGGCAGGGACCUCUCUUGUCAUAUGAGCAUCAGUCUUUGGUGGAACAGUUGGAAAACGUCCUCCCAGCUGUCAUCCUGAAAAUUGUUCCGCGGGUCAAGAUGCCUUGAGAGUUUAUCUGGAAAUUGAUUUUUCCUGCCCAGUAUGUAUUCAGCCUGGAAGCUGAAAGAUAGCAGGUGGAGGGCCCAAAUGGCAAUUAUGUAUUUCUAGCCCGGUACAGUCUCUCCAGCCACCACGAGGCACUCUUGCUCGUUUAUAUGGUAGCACUUUUUUGCAGACAUAAACUUGGCACUGCUGAACUUGACAAAUCAGCAUCUGCCAGUAUCAUCAUACUGGUUCAGCACUGCCUCCAUGUCCUCCUGGUUGGCAUCAGUCUGCACAUAUAUGGGACAGUCAGGUUUAAGUCAAGACAGAACAUGGCAGUUCCUUAAAUAACCCUUUUGUCUUUUCAUGCCUCACGUGAGCUUCCUUCAUCGAUACCUUGUCUUUGAAGACAAUAAUUUGGUCUAACUGUGGCAAAAUUAGGAAUGUUCGAGUGUAGCCAUUUCAAGAGCCCCAUAAAUUUUUGGAGCUGCUGUUUUGUCUUGGGAUUAGGCUUCUGUUGUAUCAGUUUCAGUUACUCUGGACAGGGAUGGCUGCCCUCUGUACUCUCCAAGUAUGUACCCCAAAUAUUGCAACUUAGUGGCUCUGAUGUGGCAUUUCUUUGGGUUGCAGGCCAUGGAUUGCCAAGGAUGUAUAAUGGACAUCCUCUUUUCAGGUGUGGGAAUACGGAAUCCCAUUAUCCACGUAGGCUGUAGCAAUUUGGAAUGUGGCCGGGGCAUCUUUUAACUCAAACUGUAUGGCCCUGAACUGAAAGUGCCUGCCGUCUGGAGUAAUAAAAGCUGUCUUAUUACUCUGGUCGUACUGGUAAAUGCCAGUAUCCCAUCUUCAGGUCGAGGGAUGUGAACAUCUUUGUGUCCCUCAGCCCGGGCAGUGUGUCAGCAUGGUGUUGGAGCCAAAAUGGUAACAUUGUUUAUUGGUUUGAAAUUUCCUGCCAUAAUUAUGCGGAAAUUGCACAGACUCUCACUUGAUUAGAUAAUGCCAUCUUUCACCUUCUCCCCUUACCUGCUUCCAAAUUUCCUUUUUUUCACCAAAAAAGUUUCAUUUGUGGCAAACCCGUACCAGGAAGGGUUAAAUUGUCUCUGUUGUAACUACAUCAUUAUAUUUUUUGGCGAGUUGCCGCGAGACAAUGACCAGUCAGGACAGUAUCUAACGAUAUAUUAGUCGGAAAAUGUAGCUACCUUCCUUUAAUAAAGUGGAACAGAGGGAGACAGCUCCAUAGGCCAACCACCCAAUCACAACAAACAUUACCUUAUAAGGAAAUAUGCCAGGCACUUCAGCAUCAAGGCCAGAUCCCUAAUGUUAACAAAUACAACAAUUGUUAUGUGAGUUUCUGGAGCAACAUAUCACCAGGGUGUGGUGCCUCCUAAUUGGCUAUUGAAAUAGUGUGCGGUGUUCAUGCAACUCGACAGGAUUUCCUAGCUGCGCAGUCACGCAUCUAUGUGCUAGUUUUUCCCAAUAACAGUAACAAUAUGAAAACUAAGUCUCUCAGGCAGGGUCAAAUUGUUGUGUCCCUCUUCUUUCUUUCUUUCUGAAAUUGAAAAUAUGUAUAUCCAAAUGUGCUAGAUGCAAUACCAACUGAUACUAAUGCAUAAAUGGCCAUAUUAACUCAAUAUCCAUUUACAGUGCUGCCAAGGUUUUUUGGAUUUUAUGUAAUUAUUACUGAUUUAUUCAUCCAGUUACGAAAUUGCUAGAUGUUAAUUAUUUAUUGCGGAAACAGAAAAACCUUGUGACAUUUCUGAAAUAUAGUGUGUACUACCGUUUGGUACAAUAAAUAAGGCUCAUGUAACUAGAAGGUAAACCAUUUGAAAGUUGUCUACUUAAGAUAAAUAUAAAUCAUCAAACUUAUUUUAGCUUUUUAAAUAUUAUGCAGUUUGCAAAAAUGAAAAUAUUUAAUUAUUGGAUGAAUGGGUUUGGUUAGUUUUUUUUAGAAAAGCAUGUGGCGUUAACUCAAUCACAUUUGUUUUACACAUUUUUUUACUGCAUGAAUGUGAUAACUGUUGGCAGCACUGUAUUAGAUAUAAUUAUUAUUAUUAAAAUAAUCAAAAGCAAACCACUUUUAAACAAUAUCUAAAUUAGUCACAGAAUUCAAAACACAUAUAAAAUUACCUAAGCAGCUUUUACAAAUAAAAUUAUCAAACUUCCUCAAGAAAAAUUCAAAACCUUUGGAUGUUAAGUAUACACCAGGCCUGCCACCAAAUUAGGUUCCUAAAUCCUCUUUACAGCAUUUAAAAACCCUGUAAAAUCCUGUCAUUUUAAAUAUACAUUGCAUUCCAAAACAUAAUUUAAAAAAAUUUAAAAAAAAUGUAAAAAAUUGUUAACAUUUGCCACUUACUUUACAAAACUAAUAGUUGGUAUCACAAUAAAAUGAAAAGUUAUUUAAAAAGUUUCUCUUCUGUAUAGGCUUCGGUGCUUUUCUUAUUUACAAACUAUAAAUACAUCCAUACAACUGAAGUUAUUUACAAGUUUAAAAAACUAAUGUAUUUCACAUCAUUAACAAGCUACUUUUUCAUGUUCUGUGCUCUUUUCCGCAUCUCGUCAGUGGGCUUGAAAGCCAGACCUGCAGAUGUUCUCAUUCUGCAAUGCAACACCGCAUUUAACAUUAGUGAUUCCAUUGAUGAUCUGUGAGCAGUUUUAACCAUCUUGAGAUUGCUGAAAACCCUUUCCACGGCAGCAUUGCUGUGGGGAAGAAUUAACAUGGUUUUUGCAAGUUUUGAGGUCACAGUUUUGCCUGUGCUGAGAGACACUGUGCCAGUAGGAAUCUAUUUCCUGUUUUGUUAAGGCUGGUACAGGUUCCCAUAGUGAAUAAGAGAUAAACUCAUCAUUCAGUCUGUCCAUGUCAUCUGGCCUGAUGACAUUCGGAAACCUUUUGGCAAGCUUCUCUACUUUGUGCCAGUCUCCUGAUGGCUUGUUGCAGGGAUCAAAAAUCGUAAUAUUUUUUAACACAUCAUCCUCAAGAGGCAGGAGGCGAUACAGCCCUUUAGUUCCUGUCUGAUAACAUUUUCUGACAUUCCCAAAAAAAUCUUUUUUCUGUUCGGUGGCUAAAUUACACGUUUCCAAGAAAUCUCAGGUUUUGUGACCAAUAAAAAUUCCUUCAUUUGGCUGUUGGUUUUCAUGCUUAUCGUCUACUUUAGUGAUACCACAUUCCUGAAUUAUUGGAAAUUUCACGUAGCUUGCAACAAAUUGCCUGAGCAGCACACACAUUUCAGGAUAGAGUUAUGGAUGUAUGGUCUUUCUUGCUGAAACAAAGUGUUGAAUUGGGAAAAUCUUGGCAGUACAGCUUGAAGGAAGAAAAAGUAAACUUUAUCUAAAUCUGAGAAAGUACUGACAAUGCGAUAAACAGAAUCUGAUUUGCUUUCUUUCCCAUUCAAAUUAUCAAAAUACUUUAUUACUGUAGGCCACUACUCUAACAAGCGCUCCACGCACUAUAGGAGAGCCAGCCAUCUUGUGAAACAAGGUCGAAGAAUGUUGUGGGUCUCCAUUUCCAACAUUUCCUGAAUAUCCUUGAAUUCAUCUUUCUGCUUUCCUGAGUUUUUGAAGUGCACAUAGACAUCUUUAGAUAACUGUUCACACACGUCUGGCAGCUCACUGCAGGCAUGAGAUGCUGCUAGGUGACCCAUGUGGCAUGUGCAAUGUAAGAACCAUACAUUGCCUUGUUGUUGUUUCACCCUGGAUAGCAUUGAAUUCAAUUCUCCAACCAUCGCCUUUGCUCUAUCAGCUGACAUACUUAAACAAUUUUUCCAGGGAAUAACAUCCUCUUCAAAUGAGGAGCUCACCAAAGCAAAGAGAUUUUCUCCAGUUGCAGCACCACUCAAAGCCAUUACUUUAUACAGAUGAGUUUCAACAAUCUCUGAUGGAAAGAACCUCAACACUACAACCUGCCUAGUGACUGUAACAUCAGUUGAUUCAUCAAUCAUCAGUGUGAAAAAUUGUGUUUUCAUUGCGUAGGAAAAAUAAUGUGCAGCUGAUGUACCCCAAGAUUGAAUAAUUAUCUGGCUAGUUUUAGUGUGAGAAAAAUGAAAGUUUCUUGCAUUUUCGCUAUCUGGAAACAUUUGCGGGACAAGUUUCGUGAAAUUAUCACAGAGUUUCACAGAUAAAUUGUUUUCACAAACGAAGAUAGCCCAUAACAGUACUGCAUCAAUUAUUUUGUUUGGUUUGGUUACAAAACUCGUCAUAGAACAACUCUGAUCAACAGCUCGUUGGUUUUUCGCAUGAACGUGCGUAUUUUCGUGCCGCCGAAGAUCCUUCAAGCCGCCCUUUGUCACGUUCAGUUCCGAGUUGCAAGUCGAACAAACGGUGGAAAAUUUAAUUUUGCCACGCCUCAGCCAUUUCAAUUCUUGCUUCCAUUCUUUACGAUAACGCUGUUUAUAAAGUGACCUGUCCGGCGAAGUGUUUCGUUUUUUCUCCAUAAAAAUCAGCUAAGCCCAAAACUACUACUUAAAUCACGUAAGAAGUUUGUAAACAAAUGCCGCACCUAAAACAUUGAAAUAGCAAAAAAUUCCAAUGUUUACUGAUGCCAUGACACUUCUUAGCGUUUAACUCAACAAACAAAAAACAUUUUCCCAAAACCAUAUAUAUUGUACUUCAUGAAACGAUAUAUGGGAGUUAAUGUUUUUGGUUUGUGGUUAAACGAUUGGAAGUUCCAUGGCGUUACACUUAAUGUGGGUGUUUGCUUUACUGUUGGACGCUUGUAUGGUUUGACAACUUCAAAUAGCUAGUUGAAUGUAAAUAUUUACACGAACAAAAUUGAAAUAUGAAAAUAUCGGCGAAGCGUCGUAAAUAUCCUUGAAUGUCGCCGUUUAUCCGUUAGUCCGUUUUAAGCUUCAAAUAUCUGUGAAAACGGAUAAAAACUAUAAAAACGGCAGGCCUGAUAUACACUAUUAAAACUAGGGCACUACAACUUUGAAUUAUAGAAUCAGCUGCUUUAUUGUAAUUUUAGAAAUACUUAGAAAAGUGGGGAGGGCAGGGAUUCAGCAGUGUUACAACCCUUGCUCAUGCAUGAUUGUAUCGGCCUCUGGCCAUCGUGAAAAACUGUCCCAGCUCAAAACAAAUUCUCGUACCCUCUCCUACCAUGAGAUUGCAUCGUCAUGUAAUCUCAUUACAUGGACAAUCCACUUUUUUGUCCAUUUCCAAACUGUCCAGUCCAUCCUUUAAUGACCUUAAAAAUUUUGAUGGGUCUCUAUGCGAUAAUCCAUGAAUUCCAAGUAGCAAUACAGGGCCCAUGGGCACUGUUUGAGGUCAUAAUGCAGUUAACACAAUAGUUUAUUGUCAUAUGUUUACAGAGAAUACACCCAACACCAGUCUAUAGUGCUGGAAAAAUUUAGCAAGAAAAUAUAUGGUUUGUUUAUAUUUUUCUCAGCACCUGAAACAACUUCACUAUCUUUUAACACCCUUUCACUAACCCACAAUGUGCUAAUGUAGAAAAAUGGUCUACCCCCAUUUUCUGCAAUGAGUGUGGUAUGCUACCAUAGUGACGUGUCCUAAACUUGUGUGUGUACAGUUACAACGUUCUCCCAACAUCUCAACUGAUGAAUGAUCAUCUAACUUAAUUUUAUCACACUUGUGCAUCUGGGUCCCUCCAUAACUCAGCUUACCUCACACGUGUCCACAAUUUCACAGCUGCAGCAUCAUUGACCAGACACAUUGGUAGUGUGUGUGUGCAUGUGUGGCAAGGCCACUGGGCCUUACUUGCCUCUUGCCACUUGCUUCUUGCAGGCACAACCUUGCUGCACUCGAGAUUCACCUUGUUGAUGGACAUUCCCUGAACCUGGGGUUCACCAGCUGCAUCCUCGCCUCCGUGAAACCAACAUGAUAAUCUUAACCUUUAGAAUGGCUCUCGUGCUCCAUCCUAGGCAGCAGUAAAACCUGGUUGAGUCAUCUCUGGAGAUAGUCAUCACUCUCAUUGUGCAUGGCCACCCUCUGAGGAUACUGGUCGAACAAGGCCUGUAAGUCCCACCUAAAAUCUUGGUACGCCUGCACCAGACACUCUGCGGCAUGCAGUUUCUCCCAGUUUUGCAUUACAAGGGUUUGUUAGCUCCGAGUUCUGCUGCUUUGCUGUGUUUAGUGCCUUUACCAGCACAAUGUUAUUUUUGCUUUCCAGGCAUUCUCAGUGGUUUACAACUGGGACUCGCAACUGGUUUGCGUAGAUCUUUCACCUCUAAAGCCCUAAAACAACAUUGGAAGUCCCACUUCCUGUCCACCAUCCUUUGUGUGCUCUACUAUGAGCUGAGACACAGUUUUCAUUCAUCCCUUACAUUAGGUGGCACUGAACACCUUGACCCCUUUUCUCUUCUGUCCAUUCUGACUUUCAUUUUUCACCAAGGGCUGUGGCUCAUUAUUGUGGUAGUUGGCUUCCAAAACACACUUAAACUGUAGUUUUUUUUACAAUUGCAAAGCAAUUUUCUUUAUUAUUACUACUCAUUUUUCUUAAUGGGUAUAGUAGUUACCUACAACCAAGUUGUAAAUCUGCCAGUGACACAGUGUGACUAUUUUACCGUGUUAUCUUUGAAAGAUUUGUGCAAUGGGAGUGCAUGACUUGAUGUAAGCUUUUGGACAUACGCCAUUGCUAAGCACAUGUAUGUCUGUAGACGAAAACUACAAAAAACACAAAUGACAAAAUCAUAAAUUAAGCCAAAAAUUGCUCUUGUCAGGAUAUAAACACCACACAAUACUCCACAACAGGAAUAUGGUCAACAAACAAAGAAAAACAAAGAAAAAUGGACUAACAGAACGAAAAAAUCCCCACAAAUGAUGACAGCACAAAAAUACUGAACCCAAAAAAUUCAGCACAACAGUUGAAAUGAGACAAAAACCAGGGACCGGAAAGUUACUUUUGAAAAGUAGGUAACUCAGUUACAGUUACAAAUAAUCCAUUGGAAAUGUAACCCUGUUACAACUACUAGUUACACUACUUAAAAUAAACCAGUUACAGUUACAGUUCUGAGAAAAGUAACUGUAAGUUACUUUAACAGUUACUUUGUGAAAAACUAAAAAUGUGAUAUGUAACAUUGUUAUAAUUAAAGGCUAAUAAAACAUAUUGUGUUUAGUAAAGAUAUAUGUUUAUUUAAACUGAAAAUUUUUAAAUUAGGUCUUAAAUAACAUUGAGUAAUUAGUUCACACUACAAAAUAAUAACACUGAUAUAAAAUCACCACUUUUUUAAAUACUGCUUAUAAAUAGAGACCUGAAAAAUUCGCGGAUUCAUUUCGUGAUAUGCUACAAUUCAAAUAAUUAUACUUAAGUGCUGCUUCUACCACUGGUUCCCUGUUAAUCUAGAGUAAUGAGGGCCAAUUAGAGACCCUCACUCACAGAAGUGUCGAAUCACAGAUACUCAGUCGAGACGACUCACAAGUCAGCAGCCAAUGAACAGGUGGCAUUUGCCCGAGUGUGUAGAGUGUAGCGGAGUCUAUCCUGGAGGUCAUUGAACCCGCGAAUUAUUCCGGUCUCUACUUAUUUAUCUUGAAUAGCAGUUGCUUCUCAAAAUUUUAAUCGCUUAAAUUUCCUCUAUUUGGGCGUAAAACUAAACUUGCACAGCUGAACAACCUUUCAGCUGCAGCACUUGUUGGCAUUGCUGUGUUCAACUUAAUGAAAAGUUUUUUGAUUUAAGGAUAGUCAUUGAGUGAAGAAAUGUCCUUAUUUCUCGGCUUCUCGCUUCAUUAGAUUCUGUCAUUGCUUUCGCGCAUGUGCACAGGUAGGUUAAUUAACUAAACAGCACAGCAAUAAACCCACAUGUCGCAAAUAUUAAAUAAAUGACAAUAAAAAUACGAGCAGUUUUACAAGUACAAGCAAAACCAUCGCAAAAAAUAUGCUUGUCGGGAUUUUCGUUCUAGGAUUGAAAAAAGCAACAAAUCGUUGUUCGUUCAGUAAGAAAUAUAUUUAAAAAAUGUAACGCAAGAAGUAGCGACAAUAAAUUAUCGUUACUUUAAGGCGGAAAAAUGUAAUUCAGUUACAGUUACAGUUACUGAAAACUUAAUAUAUUGCGUUACCACGAUCGUUACCAUAAAAAGUAACUGUUACAAAUAACGUCGUUACUAGUAACGCGUUACUUCCAGUCCCUGACAAAAACACAGAAAAACGAAAGGACGAAAUAGUUUUCAAAAAACAGACGAUAACAAAAAAAAACCCCCACAAAUGAUGACAGCACAAAAAUAUUGAACCCAAAAAAAAAUUCAGCACAACAGUCAAAACGAGACAAAAACACGACAAAACGAAAAAACGAAACAAACACAACAAACACAACAGUUUUCUAAAACAAACAAGGGACGUUUCGGGAACUGCUAUCUGAUCCCGUCCUCAGGCAGAGAUGCACAUGGUACGAAAACACAGGUGCGACUGAGUAGGGGCUGGCCGCCGUUUCCUCAUAUGCUCGGCCGGGAGCGUGUGACAGCGAUACCAGGAACUAUUAUGUUCCCAUAACUCGCUAUGUGGUUGCCAAUAUAAAUAUUGCGACCCCGUCACUUUGUUCGAAUCAUUGGAAACGACGGCGGGGCACGAAGUGUGCGAUUUUAAGAUUAAGGGUGGCUCACGGUCCAGAAAGAAGUAAAAUAGCUGUCGCAUGUUGCUUGGCUCUAUUUUUAAUAGUGUAUAUGUCAGGCGGGGGGAGGUCACCCUUUCCCCUCAGUUAGUUGGCUAACUGAUGCAUGAGAGUGUCGUGAUGUCUGUAUUUAGAGGCGGGUGGAGUGUGCGCAAAAAUGGCCUAAUUAAUCUCGUGUGAGUGUAGUGUAUAGCUCCAAGGCCGCACAUAACCGGCUGACCAAGCAGGCAUAUCAUCGUGUAAGUUUACCGAGGUGUAGGAGAGAGCGCAGGUUGAUUAGUGACACUAGAAUUUAAAUUAUUAUUUGCAAUUCAAAAUCCCAUGUCUUCCGAAACGCGGCCGGCACUGGAGGUGAAGCCUGCCAGGCGGGUCUCGCCCUUCAGGCAUGAGAGUCAGCCCUAACAACACAGGCAGUGAACCCGAGGGGGUUGUACAUACACCUGCGUGCUUUGGACCAUUUUGAAUUAGCAAGAAAAUGAAAAGUUACAUCAAUUAAUUAAUUAAUAAUGGCUGGGGAAAACAACUAGCAAGGACUAGUGGAGGAGGUGGGGGAAGGAAAAAUUUGGUAGUGAUAAGGAAUUUGGGCCUGUGGUUGAGUUGUCGCUGAUUUAUAAUUAGAGCCCCGCUGGGCCAAAAGUAGUGUUGACGCAAUAAAAUAGAGCCCCGCUGGGCCAAAGUAGUGUUGUCGCAAUAUUUAAGUGUCCUGGGCAUGUCAAUCAUUGGCUAGUCCAAUGUUGAUUAUUUGCACCGCAGGACGUAGACAGAAACAUAGGGGCCAGAGAAAACGACUGAUAUUUUCGCUAAGUUGCCCUGCGUACAUGGGAUGUGUGGAUUCUAGUUUAACCUGGCUUAGGCAAGUCGCGGUUUUUUAAACAGUCUCUGUGCCGCUGGGUCAUAAUCCGGAAGUGAAUUCAUAAAAUUAUUGGCAUGUUCAGGGAGCUGGCCAUAAAAAGACCUGUUUUGCCGUUUUAUAUAUUCCUCUACAUACUCUACUUUGAGUAACUGGUGUACUUCUAGUGUGCUGGUGUACCAGCCGCAAUCUGCAAUGGCUCUAAGAAAUUUAUUUUGAGUUACCUGGACUUUAUCGAUAUGGCAUUUUGCUGCAUAGCCUCAGAUUUCGUAAGCAUAUAAUAAUUAAGGGCGAACUAUUUGUAAAUACAGCUGUAAUUUUUUCUUUCUAGGGAAUUGGGGGGCCUUAAACAUUGAGUAUAGGCUGCGCAAAGAGCCUCGCGCAACCUGUGUCACCUUUGUGGUGUGAAAUUUCCAGGUGAGCCUGGUAUCUAGAGUUAAUCCUAAAUAUCUAGCCGAUUUAACAAAUGGUAUAGCUUGAUUAAAAAUUUUUAAUUCGCGGUCGGGGGCGGUGUAUUUUUUAGUUAAAAUUAUAGUUGUGGACUUGGCUCCAAUUAUUUUAAUGCGCCAGCGAGUGUACCAUUGUUCGAGUGAGGUAAGCUGCCUCUGAACUUUGGUUAAAGCAAACUUCAAAUUCGGGGAUUGAUAUAUUAUUGCAGUAUCGUCUGCAUAUAAUUGCACGUGGGCAUGUUCCCGCGGGAUGUCGGCUGUAUAAACAUUAUAGAAAAAGGGCGAGAGUGGGGACCCCUGCGGCACACCUGCUGUCAGCUCCCGAGUGGAUGAUUUCGCCCCCUAUAUUGACACAAAAAAUUUUCGACACCAUAAAUAGUGGGCCACCAGAUGAAUAUACGUAUCCGGAAAGUUAAAUGUAACUAAUUUUUGAAUUAAGCCAGGUAUCCAAACUUUGUCGAAGGCUUUUUCCACGUCGAGCAUCGUUGCGACAGUAAAUUUCGCUCGUGAAUUAAAUCCGUCAGUGGCCUCUUCAAUGAGCUUAAUUAGGGGGUGAGAGGUAGAGUGGCCCAUUCUAAAACCAAAUUGGUUAUCUGGAAUGACUUUGUGUUCGUCUGAAUGGUGUUGAAGUCGUUUGAGUAAAAUUUUUUUCGAAAAUUUUACUCAUGCUAUUUAGGAGGCUAAUAGGUCGCCUGUUUUGUGGUAGGGACGCAUUUUUUCCCGGUUUCGGAAUGGGUAUAACUUUAGCUAGUUUCCAUGACGAUGGGUAGGAUUUAAGAAUAAAAAUAGCAUUUAUUAUUUUAAGAAAAUAUUGUAUAGCCUGAAAAGAUAAUUUCUUUAAAGUGUCAAAAUUUAUUCCGUCAGGUCCGCCUGCUUUAUUUUUUGGUCGCGAGUGAAUAGCUUCUAAGAGCUCUUUAAUUGUUACGAGUUCCGGCUCGGCUUGUGGAACGAUUUGUAAAUAGUUAUUAACAGCUACUGUCGUGGUCCUAGUAAACUGAGGCUCAUUAAUGUCCUCGUUUGGUGAAAAUUGUUUUUCAAAAAUGUCUGCUCUAGCAUUUGCUUUGUCGAUCGCGUCAUAUUUAAUGCCCGCAUUUGUAACAAUGGCAGGUGUAGAGAUAUAUUUAUUUUUUCCUCGUAAAUUGCGUGUGAGCCGCCACAUUUGCCGAGGUUGAGUUGCGCACUCUGUUAUUAGGUUUCCGUAUUUUUCUAUUUUUAAAUCUUUAAGUUUUCGCGAGACUUGAGCUUUAAGGCGAUUGUAUUCAGUCCUAGCUUGCGGUGUUCUCGUUCGUUGAUAAGUGUUGCGCGCCUGACGUUUUAAAACGAUUAGCAUGUCUACAUCGGGAUAAUUUAUACGCGUAAAUUCUCUUUUAUUCACGAUUUUCGUGUGUUUUUUGCGCACGUCUGUAACUGUGUCGGUGAUAAGUUUUACGUGAGUUUCGAGCUCAUCGGCUGUAUCUAUCUCUGGAGUUUCUGAAAAAGUUAAUUCCAGGUCUUCGCGAAAUUUGUCCCAGUCGGGAAUACCAAAAGUUCGGCUAAAUAUCGCUGCGCAAAAUUGAGCAUUGAAAGUUAAUUGAAUUAGUACCGGAAAAUGAUCUGAGUCAAGCUCAUCUAAUUUUUCUGAAGUGACCUGCGCGCCUGGUAUGUUUGAAACAGCUAUAUCUAAUAUGUCAGGCAUGUCUCCAUUCGUUGGGAAGCAAGUUGGCGAGCCUGGAGCAAAUAUUUCGUAGUUAUUUGUUACUGAGUGAUCGAAUAAUUUUCUGCCUGCUGGGUUAGUAUUUUUACAUCCCCAGUCUUCGUGUUUGCUGUUUAAAUCGCCCGCGAUGAAAAAGUGUUGCUGUGGAUUAAUUAAUUUAUUUAAAUCCCUAGAAAGUAGUGGCUUAUCUGGGGGUUUAUAAACUGCCGACAUGCAGACAUGCGCAUUUUUAUUACGAAUAUUAAUGCUGGUGGCCUCUAGAUGCUCUAAGCCAUUUAUUUCUAUUGGAUGGUGAUGAAUCCCGUGUUUAAUUAAUAUGGCUGUGCCGCCCCCCACGAGUGGCGCGGUCAGUGCGGUAAGUGGUGUAACCACAAAUAUUAAAUCGAUGGUGCGGUGAUAGGUGAGUUUCGGUAAUAAAUGCCACAUCAAUCCCAUAUAUUACAAGGCACUGUUCCAACUCGUAAGACCGAAGGCGGAGACCACAUGCAUUAAAGUUUAGGAGUUGUAGUGUUUUCCCCAUGUUUACUGCUAUUUACUGGAGCACUGUCGCGAGUGCUUCCAAUAGAAUGGUUUGGCGAUGUUUGAUGCUCUCGGUGGAGCGGAUGCGCGCUUAAAACGGUUCGAGUGCCUUCACUAGGUUCCAAUAAUCGCACAUGCGCAGGAUCUCUGCGAGUUCCGCGAGGCUAGAGAUAUUAUUUGUUGUCUGUGCUUCUGGCGCGGUUUCUGUUCUAUGCUGCUGGCUCUUCUCGACGCGAGCCUGCACAAUUUGUUCCGCCGAGCGUCGCGAUGCGCUUACGCCUGACGUCGCUGCCGGGUAGGACGUGGAAGCUACUGCCUGCGGUUUUAUUUUGCCCGGUUGGCUGGCCUGCUCGCUGGGCCGUGCGUUUCGGGAAGCCUACGUUUCACAAAGGGUUGAGGACCAACCCGAACAUGCCCGAAGACUUAACCUUCGGUCAACUUCGGGACUUUGUUUUUCUUUUAACAAGACGCGCGGGAAUUUUGAUUAGUGAAGGCCCACCGCCCAUACUUAAGGACAGAGGCUAUUCCUAUCUUGCAGAAUCUCGUCACUGUUCAACUAUGUAACAGAACUUAACUGAAUUCAACAUGUUUCAGGAUAAUUAUAUUUAGUGUUGUAUCUAUAGCAUGUUUCAAUUUUUUUUCAUGGAAAAUUCAAAAUCAUCUUUAUAUAUUUACAGCUUAAAAUUUUAUUUUCUUUCCGGGAGGGUGCCAGGCUAACUUAUGCAGCUGUUUGGUGGGUCGUCGGCCCCAGCUUUGUUCACUAGGAUCGUGGCGGUGGUUGGAUUACUAACUAGAGAAGUCGUAUCACACUCCUCAGGCAGCAUGGUUGGCUGAUGCCUUAGGUAAGGGGGCACUGGAAAUCACUGUCAAUUUGUUCUCGCAUUUAUUGGCAUGCUAUGCAUUGCGGUGUUACACUAUGCGUUAUACCUUAUACUUUACCCUGACAAAAGUUUCUGAUUGCUUCGUUAUGUGCUUACGUUACAUCUAACAGCAGUCUUAUUGGGGAUUUGCAUGGAGUCGGCCAUACCCGUAAGUUUUUGAAUUACGACUCGAGCAGGCUCUACGAGCCGUGAAUCUACAAGUGCUUUAAUGUCUUUGUUUGGGCCAGCAGACAUAUGCACGGCUACAUUAAAUUAAAACGCUUACCUCUGGAGUCAGCGAGUUCCAUAAUUGUCGACCCUGCGGCGUGGUCACGUGGCAGGGUUAAAUCUAAGGCGGUUGGGAUAAGCCCGGCUCCGCAAAGAUGACCCAGGGAUGUGUGGGUAACGAGAGAAAAAAGAUUUAGAGGUGAGAAAGUCUAUAAAACAUUUACCACAAUAUUUCAAGACAUGUGUGUGAAAAUGCUGAGUUAAUAUUGUGGUCAUUCACUAAAAACUGGUUUCGUUAUAUUUGUGAGGUUCAUGCUGUGCAGCUAUACUGCAUGACUAUUAAGUAAAUUAUAUAAACAAUAAUUUUAUGCACAAAUUACUACAUUAUGUUUCUCACCAUAAAAGUAAUUGUCCAUAAAGGUACAUACUGAGGUUGUUUAAAACAAUAGCAUGUUAUGAGACUUUGUAGUGUCACCUGAUGGUAUAAUGUAAAGAGGAAAUAUUACUGUGUAUGCUCUGUGUUGGUAAUGCUUAGUAUAGAAAUUCAGUAAUGUAUGAGACAUUUGCAGCCUAGAUUGUCACUAAAGAAUAUUUUUUUUAUGAAAAAAAAAAAAAAACAUAAAUAUUAAAUUUUUUUUGUGUCCACAGUAA